CCUAGUGAUACGGCCGAGGGACUUCACUACCUUCAUGGAGCGACAACCCCGACGACGUCGAAGACCAGCCCUGUCAUGCCUGGAAUGUCGACGGCGCAAGAUCAAGUGCGACCGAAACGAGCCUUGUGCACAUUGUGUCUCCGCCAAGAUUCAAUGUACCUUCAAGGUGUACAGUGAUGGGCCCGUCAUCCAGCAGCAACCCCAACAAGGCAGUUCAUGGGGUUCAAAUUUAAGCCCGUCGCCCUGCGCGCCCUCGCCUUCGGCUCCAACCCGCCCAAUUACAGAGUAUAGUAACCACCUAUAUUUUCCUAGGGUCGCUGUGGCAACAGACGCAGCUGGACAGAGUGACAGUCCGAAUACCUUUGGCCGCAACGACAUCCGAUCACGCGACCGUGCUCUGGACACAGAACCAGAUCUCCGGGAUGUUUUGCGGCGGAUACAGAAGCUCGAGGAGUCUUCAGCAUCUGGUCCUAUCCGUGUGCUGUCCGAAAAUGGCCGGGACAUACUCGCGCGCCAGUCCGGGCUCCAAAACUCGCAAAUAGUCCUGAACAAAACGAGGAUCUUGAGAUGGAGCCACUGGAUGGGCACGGCUCAAGAGUUCGCAACCGUCUAUGAUUGCUAUUCUGAGGCCAGCGGCAAUGGAACGGGAGCCUCAUUUCAAGGCGCUGAAACUAGAGCUCUGCUUACUCAGAUGGGUAAUCUCCUCCAAGAAUGCAAAAGUAUAGCAAGAAGUAUUAAGGUAGGGCGGCCAAGGGGAUGUCUCUCGUGUCCUGACGUCGGCCUUGCGCUCCCCUCCCGCGAGGUAGCCGAUACUAUGGUAGCCCUGUACUUCCGAUCCUAUGAGUCGACACACCGGAUACUCCAUGUACCUACUUUCUGGGCCGAAUACCAGAAAUAUUGGAACCAUCCGGAAAGCGUCACAACUGACUUACGACUCAGGAUCCUUCUUGUCAUUGGGAUAGGUUCAAGCCUAUACGAGCAUGGAGACACGGAUGCCGCAUUUCGCAACAUGGUUCAUCAAUGGGUACAUGCUGCUCAGACAUGGCUUUCUGGGCCAUUAAAGAAAGACCGCUUAGACAUCCCCGGGGUACAAAUUUACUGUCUAACCAUCCUAGCGCGACAGAUCUUCUCAAUCGGUGGAGACCUAGUGUGGAUGUCGAUGGGAUCACUCAUUCAUAGAGCCAUUCAAAUAGGCUUGCACCGUGACCCUAAAUAUCUCCCAGCAAUGCCCGUGUUGCAAACCGAACUCCGCAGGAGGCUGUGGGCCACCAUUCUCGAAAUGGUUGUUCAGUCGUCUUUAGACUCAGCGAUGCCGCCCAGAAUCUCCUUCGACGAAUUUGAUACCGAGCCGCCUUCCAACAACAACGACGAUGAGAUGGACGAGUCGACUACCGCGUUACAGCCUCACCCCAAGGGUACCUACACCACAACCUCGAUGCAGCUUAUUCUACUGGACUCUUUACCCGCCCGUCUCCGGAUCCUCCAGCUUUUGAAUGGAUUACACUCUGAACUUUCUUAUCUGGAUGUCCUUGCCCUUGACUCAGAGAUCACCAACGCAUAUCGAUCAUGUAGUAGUUUCAUGCAGGAGAACGAGGAAUCUGGUGUAACACCAUUUCACCGGAAUCUACUUCACUACCUAGUGCGUCGUUUCAUGAUCCCUCUACACUGCCCAUUCGCUUGCCAAGCGCGGACGAACCCAUUAUUCUACUACUCACUCAAGGUUAGUCUGGACACUGCCAUGGCCAUCAUUUCACCCGAGCUAGACGAGACUUUCUCCCAUCUUAUGGCUAUCGGCGGAGGAAUGUUCAGGGAGGGCAUCAGGUACGCAUUAGCCGUUCUCAGCAUCGAGUUUAUCGCCCGGGUCGAGGCCCAGCGCCUCGACGGGACGCUGCACAGUAACUCUCAAUACAAAGAUCUCCUCAAGCAAGCCAUGAAGGAUAUGAUUCUGUUAUCCUCAGAGAGGAUCCGGCAAGGCGAGACCAAUAUCAAGGGCCACAUGUUCCUGAGUAUGCUUAUGGCCCAGGCCGAGGCUAUAGAGGAAGGCACUUCUUGCGAACUUAAGAUCGCACAGAGUGCAGUAGAUAGCCUUGGGUUCUGUCGUGAUCUGCUACAGACACGGGCUAGCACUGCCUCGUUGCCUUCUCUCAACGAUGCGGGCCUCGCAUCAGCAAGUCCUGAUGAUGGGCAAGAAUGCUAUGGGUUGGAUUUGGACUUUGGGUUUUUCUUGCCAGAUGCAGGCUUUGACUAGUAUACUGAGCUACCUAGAUAUCGACUUGCUCAAUUACUGUUCUGUAAUAUAAUGCGCCUAGCUCACCCCUCACCCCUUUUAUUCG